GUAGGUAGAGGAUCACAUAUGAGGCCAGUCCUGGGCCAAAAUGCGAGACUCUAUCCAAAAAAUGACUAAAGCAAGAAGGGCUGGGGAGUGACUCAGGUUAUAGAAUGCCUGCCUAGUAAACUGGAGGCACUGCGUUCAAAUCCUAGUGCUGGUAAGCAAAGACUUCUGAGCUGAGUGUUAAACUCACUUAUGUUGGAUUGAAACUGUUCUGUGUGCACAUUCCACUGCUGGUCCUGGUUCUGCUUCUGAGAGAAGUUUAGAGUAUGCCUCACUCCUCUUCUCUGCAGUAGUGUUUCAUGUAAAUGAAGAAUGCUUUUGCUCUUUCCUUUGGCCUGACUAUUCUCUUAUUGUAUGGUUUUAUUUUCUGUUAAUUUCUGAACACCUUCCUCUUUCCUGCCUCUCUAACACAUGGGAGCAGUGCUGUGGCUUCAGACAAUUACUGAGCCCUUGGGUAGGGUCUUGAGGCAGGUGUGCUGUUCACUCUACAGAGAGGGCUGGAAGCGGGUGGAGGACUGUACUUGGCUUGCUGGCUUGGCUGUGGUUGCUAUCCACACGAGCACACACUGCCUAGUGCCAGGCCUCUUCCUGUCACUUUUGUCUUAUUUACAUACUGGGUACCUCUGAUGUGUGUUAAAGCAAUGCAGCCUAUGUGGGCUCCCAUUCCUGGAAAGAAUUUGGUGUCUUUCCCACUGAGUUCCUGUCCUUACUCAGUGGGAGAAUAGCAGUGCCUUCCUCAGAAGUUGUUGUGAAUGAGCAGAUGAGUCAUGCAUAAUAUGCUUGGCACAUGACACAGUCAUCAGUGUUGGCUUACUGUUACUACUUUAUACUGGCCAAAACUGUCGACUUUCUUAAGUUUAAGGAAGAAAGCAAACAGUGUCUUAGUGUUGUAUUGAUUUACUCACAAUUCAGUAAUUAUUCAACCAUUUGGUGAUCUGCUGUCUUAAUGGAUUAGAUGGACGUGCUGAAAGUCUUCAUUGGCUCUCCCCGUGGACUCAACCUGAGAAACGUCUUAUGGCAUGGGUUUGCAUCACCUCAGGAAAUCCCUCCGAAAUGGCUGUGGUAUUCUCCCUCAGAUACUGUGCAACGAUGCUGUUGUUGACGGCAGGACUGGGUCAGCUGCUAGAGAGUUACCUUCAGCAAACUAAAGUCACAUUGGCACAUCGACCUUUCGUAACUCUUACAAACUUAGAGGAUUUGAUUGUUUUUCCUGACAUUACGUAUGAGGUGCUUGCAGUGUUAGAACAAGUGAUGACAAAAUCUGCCUUCGUAUUAAAAAUCAUGCUACCAUAUUGGAGAAUGGCGCUGGUCAAGUUCAAGUCUCACAGGUUUGCUGACUGCACCAUAUUGUUGUUGACACAGCUGGAGACUGGACUCAGGAGAGUUUUUGCUGCAGUUAACAAGUGUGCACACAGGCUCCUGACUGCUGAGUCAACAACACUUUACACCACCUUUGAUGAAAUCUUGGCAAAACACUUGAAUGAUGGUACAAUCAACCAACUUCCCCUUCUCCUUGGAGAGCCUGCUAUGGAUUUUCUCUGGGAUUUCCUGAACUAUCAGGAGGGCCCCCGUCUGCGCGAUCGCUUAAGCCAUGGAGAGAUCAACUUAGGUGAAUUUCCAAAAGAAGCAACCAUUCAGCUGCUUGCCUUUUCCCUUGUACUUUCACUCCAAUUUGCUGGGGAAGAUGUGCUGUCAAUGUUUAAGGAGGAAGCGGCAAUAAAAUUGUUGAUCAGUCUUGCAGAAGGCUACAGUUCCCGCUGCCAUCCAGUUUUUCAGCUUAAGAAACAGGUGCUGAGCUGUGAGGAAAGCAUCAGGAUUUGGCCUCUACUGCCUUUGCCAGCAGAUCCUGGUCAGGAACCAGGCAGAUUGGAAGACAAUGCUAAAACACAUGCCUGCAACUCUCUAAUUACAAGGAUUUUGUGUGCGCUCUUUCACCAUAUGCCUGAGAAUCACAGUGUUGUUAAAGACUUGGAUGAUCUUCCCACAGAGCAGUGGCACCACCUGCUCAGUGGACUUUGCAGCACACAUGUGCCCACCCUGUUCUGCCCCAGAGUUGUCCUGGAAGUGCUGGUUGUGCUCCGAAGCAUCAGUUCCCAGUGCCAGCGCGUGUCCAGCCAGGUGGUGGCUUCCUCACAGCUGAGGCACAGGCAGUGGGCGGGGCGGAAGCUGCGCUCCCGGCAGCGGCAGAACUACCUGCGCAUGCUCCACAGUAUUAGGCUUCUUUUUCCUGCACUUCACUUGAUUUUGUUGCUCACUGUACUGGAGUUGGUCCACAUUCAUGCUGUCUGUGGAAAGAAGGCUUAUGAGUAUCAGCAGUAUCUAAAAUUCUUAAAGUCAAUCUUGCAGUAUACCGAGAAUCUAGUGUCCUACACCAGCCAAGAGAAGAACAAAUGGAAUGAAACUGUCGAUCUUACACAUACAGCUUUGUUGAAAAUUUGGACUUUUACUGAGAAGAAGCAAAUGUUAAUUCAUUUAGCCAAGAAAUCGACAAGUAAAGUAGUCUUAUGAAAACAGUUAUAAAUUAGGAUGAUUUGGGUUGUAACAGAAAACUUAAGGUUAAAUAGAUUGGAACAGAGCAUUUAGAGGUAGGGUGGAUUUCAGGGAUUGUUUGAUUAGUGCUCAAGUGGUGCUUCUUUGCAACUUUUUGAUUAGCCUGUUGGUGUGACCCUCAGGCUGGCCUCUCCAUGGCAACCAACAGAUGCAGCAGAUUUUGGUUCCAUGUCCUUAGAAGAAGUUGAGAAGCAUGUGGCUUUGUUCUUACCAGCCACACACAUGCUCUUGUCAGUGAUCAUUGUGGCCAGAGUCCAGGUAGACAAGCUGCUAGGACAGGGAAGUUAAGCUUGGGCUUACUGAAGUAGGACAAGGUCAUUAUGUCCGCAGCUCAUGGACGAGUACUGAGGAGCAGAUCCUGGGUAUGGGGCAGGUGGUGCAGCUGGGUGCUGGGCAGCAGGCCUCCUCAUCAGCAUUUGUCCGGGGAAGCAUUUCCAGGUGUGCAGGGCUUAGUACAGUCCCUAGAGAGUUGGAGAAGAGGAGAUCAGCAUUCCUGGCUGAGCUUGAACCACAGUUGCCACCUCCUAGGGGUUCAAAGUGGCUCAGACCUCUGGGUAUCUGGGGAGUUCUACUGUCUGAUCCAGAUGGUCCUCCAAAGCUACUCUGUCCAUACCCAGAAAGACAGUCAUCUGCCUUAGUCAGCAUAGCCAAGCUGGGAACUCUCAAGAAACCCUGGGGGAUGUGAUAACUUGCUGUCUACAUCUGUGCAUGCAUUUAACCACACCAGCCUCAGUGAACCAUGGCUUUUCUACCUUCCACACCUUGGCUGGGCGUGGCCUGCAGCCACUCAGGGAUGUACAUUCUGCUACAUGUAUCUGGACUGUAGAGGAAAUCCUGGGUGUGCCAUGUGGCAACAGCUCCUGGCACAUUCUGCCUGUCACUUUGUGAGCUCAAGCCCACCACCCUUGCAAAUUGACUUCUUGAAGAAGAAGUCAAGCACUGCGCUUCUCAGCUUUCUGUCACACAGUUGAAGAUAGUGCUCUUAAGGAAAAGAUACAGAUGCAAGUAUGUAUUAUCAGACUGUGGAAAGGAUAUACAGAGCUACUGUGUGUUGUUUUGCACCUGGUUAUUUGUCAGAAGUUGGUAUUUAAAACUUUUCUUAAGGCUGUUCCAUGUUCCUUUAUUCCAGCCACUCACUUCUGGGGUGUAGAAUUCCCUGCUACGUUGACCUUUGCUCCCAGUACUCGUGUCCUGGGUGUAAUUCUUUGCCCUCCAGUGCUCACCUCCUGCUGCUCAUUCUUCCCUGGCAGGUUGACUUUUGCCCCCAGUACUCACUUCCUUGCAAAAUUCUCUGCUGGUACCACCCCCAGUACUCAUCUCCUAGGUGUGUCCCUUCUCCUGGAAGGGCAACUCAUACCAUUCCCAGAAUUAUUCCAUGUGAAGUCCUUGUUCUAGUAACUGUUGGUGUCCAUUAGUUUAUCACUGGAUACAGCAAUGAGAAGAGUUUCCCUAUAGAAUCCCCUCGAUUCCAGACAUACUCUUCCCUGUCCUCCAUUAUGUGGUACCCUGUCCUCAAGGUAGUUGGGCUGUUCAACACAUCCUCCUUGGUCCCUGGUUCUUUGGCGUGAAGCAUCUAGCACAACCAUCAGCCUCUGGAACACUGGCAUACGCUUGUGCCUUUGUGAAGGAUCUCUUCUUCAGGAAGGAGGUCACCCAAGACUGCUAGUGGCUCCUUAGGGUGCAGGGGGAACUGUUCCCACUUCUUCAACCUGGGCUUCUGGCCAUGUUGGCUGAUAAUGCAGAGUACAUGUGGGCAGCACAGCAGCCCAUGGGGGAAAUCCUUCUGUAGCCAGGCUCUCGGAGGCUCUCAUCCAUAUUCUCCAGCUGACUCUGAAUCAAUGGCCUGACAUUACGCUCAAUACAGUCCACCAACCUUGCUGAAGGAAUGGGCCCUUAGGAAGCCACACUGUGAGCAGCUGUGCAGUGUGUGAGUCCUCUUGUGAACCCUGAGAACUCAUUACCCUUCCAGAGUUUGAGGCCAGUGUGGUCAGUGGCUACCUGUUCCAUUUUAGGAAUUAACUGUGUUGGUCUUUUAGCAGAUUGGACAUUCAGCAGGGAGUUAGCUCUUGGCCAGCCUCAGAGUAGGGGAGUGCCUGGGGCUGAAAUCAUUUGUGACAUUCCCUGUUUCCACCAUUGUCUGAGAGACUAAAGAGCAAGGACAUGGAUGGUGAGAGUAAGGCCUUGGCAUCACCUGAUUGAGGGCAUGCUCUUCAGUGAGUGCCAACUGUGGUCACCUCAAAUAUACUUACCUCUCCUCAGUCCAUGUCAUUUUUCAUCAAUUUGCAGUCUUGUUCCUCC